GUUUUAGUUACUAUAUCAUUUAAAGUAUUUUUAUGCUGUGUUAGUAUUCCUUGUUGAAUAAAUGUUUUGAUUUAAAAGUUUUUUUUAAAAGAUUUAAGUUUAAGAAAAAAGAUUGUUAAAUGGUCAAUUAAUGUAGCACAUAAAAACAGAUUUACAAAUCAACUGCAUCAAUGCAAAGUUAGAGAUGAGAUUUGCCAAAGACAAAAAAUCAAGUGCUAAAAAAUGGAUGAAAAAGAAAAAAGAAAGUUAGAGCGUGAGCUAUCCAAAUUGAGUUUUAACAAAAUUAUUAAUUCAUGCAAGCGCUUGUCCAAUGACCAACUAUUUGAUUUAGAAGAUGUCAUGUCAGAUAGAAUUGUUCGGAAGAAACUAGAACAUGAAUGGUACGAUCCAAAAACAUGCAAAAGUGUUUUAUAUAGCGAAAGAGUAAAAAAAGUUAAUAAAAGAAAAAAAAACUUUAUUUACACCAUUUCUUACUGGAAAGAUGAUGAAACUGAUAUUGGAGCUGUUGACUAUUGCAUGAAAAAAAUCCAGCUUGCUGCUGAUGUUGUUUUCAGAAAUUUGUUUAUUAAUCGAAGAAAAUGGUUACCAUACUGUAUGGUCCUGUUAAUGUGAGAAUCACAUGAAAGACAAUAAUAUAGGUAUUUGCUAUACUUGGUUAUAAAGAUGACAUGUUUUUUAAAGCCAAUUGACUUAAUUAUAGCCCCACAAUAGUAGAUGUAUAAUUUUUUUAGUAAUAUAUAACCAAUUAAAUAAUAAUAUUAGGUUAGAGGGGGAAAAAACUCGUAGUAGAUAUGUUGAUGAUGUUUUAAAGGGGAAAGAGGCAUUCUAAACGCCUCUUUUCUUUCUUUCCCCUUUAAAACAUCAUCAACAUAUCUACUAUGAGUUUUACAUUCAUCUUCCAUAUUUGAUGGUUGUCUGAUAUGAAUUUAUUUUUUAAUUUAUUUCCAAUUUCAUAAUUUCAUUUUUAAAUUUAUUAUUCAAAUUUUGAAAACAGUAAUUGUAUAUUUUUUU